AUACUCCACAACCUGUUACGUCAUCAUUAUGUUCAGGCACAAAUGCUUCAACCGGCCAAAGGCCAACAACUGCCACAGCUAGAAGUGGACUACCAAGUAUAAGUGAACAUGUGUGACGAGGGACAAGAGAAUCCGGGAACGGGACUGAGGGACGUUUUUGACAUAUUAUUUAAGGAGCCCCCGGAGCGACUGUUAAGCCUGACUAUUCAGUUGGGUGAGUCUCUAGAAGAGAACUUCAUACACGCCUUGUGUCUGAUCAUUCUCCAGAAAGAGGCGCAGGCCCUGAACAAACUCCAGUUGCUGAAGGACAACUACUUUGCCAAGCAUUUGGCUGAAAGGUGGAAAAUGAGUGGGGGUAAUUUAGCAGAGUUUGGAGUUCACUGUGGAGACUUUCAAGUGUUAACGGGCGACUCUUUAGCAGUGUUGGCUCGAAUGUUUAAAGUUUUGUCUGAGCGAAGACUAUGUGAUCCGCUUCUGAGAAAUCUGGCAUAUCAGAGGGCCCUUUCCAUUGACAGCCAAAAAGCAAGCGAUUGUGACAAUCUGGAGUAUGAUCCACUCAGAGAGGAAGCUAAAGUUGUCUGUGGGCCUGUGUUUGAAGAGUGGAUGAGCUCAAGAGAUCUCAAGUCAGGGUCUUGUUAUGAUCCUCACAGAAGCCUGGGUGAAGUAAACACAACUUUGGAAAUGAGUAAUAAGCCCGAGAGAGAUUUUAGUCUUGCCAGCCCUCUGCAGGCAAGCUCCUCAAUGCCCUCAUACCCUACUCAUCUAGAGAUUAGCAUACCACCAACAGUCCCAUUUCAAGGAGAAGUAUCAGUUAAAUCCAAGCAAAACUCUCACGUCCUCCAUGCACCUGCAUCUCUGUUACCGGCAGAACCUGAGCCUAAAUCUGUUGACCCUAGUCUGUUUGAAGCAAAUACAGAAUCCAACAUGGAUGCAGCACUUGCAGCAGAGCCCAGGAAGUUGGAAAGUCAUACUGGUCAGAAUAAGACUCCAAACCACACCACCAAACCAAGCAGGGAACCAAAAAUGCAUCUACAUACUCCAACAAACCCUUCUGUUUCACAUGGAAUGUGUGGAAGUAAAGGUGUAGAAGACGAGGAGGAGGAGACAUUUUAUGCAUUUGUUAUUCUCCAUGCACCAGAGGAUGUAGAUGUGGCUGAAAGAAUGAAGACAAGACUGGAAACAGCCACUGGUUUUGAUGGCGCAACCUUCUCUGAGGACUUUGCCAUCCCGGGUAGGAGCUCUCUGAGGUGUGUGGAGGAUGCCAUCAACAACUCAGCCUUCACUUUCCUGCUACUCACUCGCAACUUCAACACUCGCAUGGUGGAAGUGGAGACAGACACUGCCCUCAUCAACUCCUUAAACAAAAAACACAAGCACAACACUGUGAUCCCUCUGCUGCCACAGGAGAACAGCAUUCGAAAGGAAAACAUGCCCAUGGUGCUGAAGACAAUCGUCUCACUGGAGGAGAACAAGAACUUUGAGAGAAAGGUAAAGAAGGUUUUGUCUCCUGCAAACAUUAAAAAACAGCAGAGAAUCUGGAAAGAGGGACAGAGAAUGAAAAGCCAGAUGGAGAGGCAGAACGAACUAAAGCGGUUGAACCAGUAUCAAAGGCAAUUGAUCCAACAGAGUAAAAUAGCACACUCACUGGAGAACGAGAACCUGACCCUUUUAAUGGCACAACAUCAUCUUCUUGGUCCCACUGUUUCACCAGGACAGGGUGGCAGCGGAGCUAUGAGGCAACAAGCACCGAACAUUCAUAUUGAACAUGCUCAAUACAUUAUGAUCGGUAAUGACUCUCAGAUGACAGUGGAUCACAGUGGAGGUGCAGGCAAAGAAGAGCAGGAAUAAAUUUGGACAAACAUUUUUAAAUGAGGUAUUUUUUGAAAAAAAAAAAAAUCAUGCCAAUACAGUUAUAUGAACAGUUUAUAAUGAACACUAUUGAAUAUUGUACUGCUGGUCAAAGGGAUUGCAAAUGAAUACUUAGCUGAGGACUGCCAUCUACUGGCGGAUGUGUGUAACAUAAACUUUCUAACCUCUUCAGCUGUAUGAACACAGUACAGGCACUAGAGUGUGAUGUUGAGCCAUGCUCCUCGUUGCUCCUCCAAAGUACAGUCAUCCAUGAUACAGCCAAAUCAGAUCUGAUCAAAUCUGAAUUUAAAAAGAUUUAAGUCA